CGUCUCUGGGGCUGCGCCUAGGUCGUGCCUGCGAGUUUCUACCUCACGGCGCUGCUCACGGUUACGAUGGAGGCAGCGACGACACCGGCCGCGCCGACGGCGUCGACCAUGGCGGCCUGGUCGGCUUACCUGGUAGCCACGGCGAAGGCUUAUCGACUCGAACAGGAGAUGAAAUGUACGGGUCGAGCUUUCGAGUGCAGGGUGACGGAGCAGCUGCAGCGAAUCUCGCUUCUUUCGGAAAAGACGGCGGCACUUCAAAACGAGGUCCACUACAAAGAACAGCUGCAGUCAUCGAGUACCAGCCUGGCCGAAAUGUAUCGAGAGGCUGGUCUGGCAGAUGGACAGUUGAGGCUCUUGGGAGAACUGCUUGGGGAGGUGCAUGAGCUCGCCGACAGGAUCUCCAGGGUGAACCAGCGUGUCAUCUUCAGAAAUGUCGAGCCCGUGAAUCAAGGUAAGCCCUCAACACCCGACACGUUUAGAGCCUGUCGAAGAUCCCCUUUGUUUGAGAAAUGA